AAGGGAGCACCGAUUAAUGACUCCUCAGUCUUGAUCACUUCUGAACAAACAAUAGACCCAAGUCCAGCAUGAACUCCUACUUAGACUACCCCGUGUGCAACCGGGGAGCAAAUAUUUUCAGUGCCAAGGCCGGAUACCACAACUUGAACCAUGGAUACAUGUCGUCCAACUCGUGCGCAACAAGUGAUAGUUACGCACCGGACGGGCGCUUAGUUGCUGCAACUUCUGCGCCACACCAGACCCCGAGCCUCCCUCUGCACCACCAGACACACGUUAACUUGGAUCUGCAGUUUUCAGCACCGGGGAACUCCAUGUAUGGGUCUUCCCUGGAGUACGGACACCACCAGUACGGCCUGGCGCCCGAGCAGGACCGGAGCUACAUUCAUGCGCAGGUUUCACCCCUUGGAACAAACAUGGCUCCCUAUACCGGGGACAGCUGUGGGCCUGGAGUUGCAACGGGCAGCCAGUAUCUACAUUUUGGAAACGGGGAUCAGAGACUGCAAGAAUAUCCAGAGAGUGUUUACACAAGGUUACCGCCCCAAAGCAAGGAGAAGGAUUUGGACCAUGUGGAGGAAACUUCUAAAACAUUCGACUGGAUGAAAGUGAAGAGGAAUCCGCCAAAAACAGCGGUCCUGUCGGAGUUCGGGGUUCCCGGCCAGCACAACGUAAUCCGCACCAACUUCACCACCAAGCAGCUGACCGAGCUGGAGAAAGAGUUCCACUUCAACAAGUACCUGACGCGGGCGCGGAGGGUGGAGGUCGCCGCCAGUCUGGAGCUCAACGAGACGCAGGUGAAAAUCUGGUUUCAGAACCGCAGGAUGAAGCAGAAGAAACGCGAGAAACUGGGCGGCGGUUUGAUCAACAGCCCGGCACCUGUGGAGAAACUCCCCAGGCCUGACACCUCUCCAAAGGGAACGGGGAAAGAUUGUGAACCAUGAUUUGACUUUAAAAAAAAGAGAAAGACUGCUGAACGUCUCCAAUUCUUUCCCUCAGUCGCACCAUUCCUGAAAAACUGUGAAAAAUGCAUGUGGACUUGUAAAGUAUAUACAGGGUAUGUCUGUGUCUGCUGAUUAUUGUGCAUCUAUUUCUGAAUGAGAAUGAGAAACUUUUUAAAAAAAAUGUCUUUUCAUUCGUUCUUGUGUUUGAAACCUUCCCAUCAUAAAAGCUCAUGCAAUGUUUUUGUGUUGGAGCACUGAAGAGUGCUCAGUGUCAUUGUUUGCACUAUUUAUUUACAGGGUAUUUUCCAACAACUGUUGAGAUGAUUUAGCUUAAUAAAAUCUAUCAAAUGGAAAAAAAACAAGUGUUGUAUUUGCUGUUUAUGUAAAAAAGGCUGUAAUGGAUGCUGAUAAUCCCUAAUUAAGUCCUAUCAAACUUCUACUUUUGAUACAGAAUUUGCUCCCUUUGAUGAAGUCUUUUCCUAUUUUUCAAAAAAAUAUAUGUAUA